CAAACCCUGGAGACGAACCUCACCAACCUGGUUAAACGCAACAGCGAACUGGAAAACCAAAUGGCGAAGCUGAUACAGAUCUGCCAGCAAGUGGAGGUGAACACGGCCAUGCACGAGGCCAAGCUGAUGGAGGAGUGCGACGAGCUCAUGGAGAUCAUCCGCCAGCGCAAGCAGGUCAUCGCGGUCAAGAUCAAGGAGACGAAGGUGAUGGCACUGCGGAAGCGGGCCCAGCAGGUCGCCAACUGCCGCCAGUGCCUCGAGCGCUCCACGGUCCUCAUCAACCAGGCGGAGCACAUCCUGAAGGAGAACGACCAUGCACGGUUCCUGCAGACGGCUAGAAAUGUGGCCGAGAGGGUCGCCAUGGCAACUGCAUCCUCUCAAGUUCUGAUACCAGAUAUCAAUUUUAAUGAUGCCUUUGAAAACUUUGCUUUAGAUUUUUCCAGAGAGAAGAAGCUGCUGGAGGGGCUGGAUUAUCUAACGGCGCCGAACCCGCCGUCCAUCCGCGAGGAGCUCUGCACCGCCUCCCACGACACCAUCACCGUCCACUGGAUCUCGGAGGACGAGUUCAGCGUCAGCUCCUACGAGCUGCAGUACACCAUCUUCACCGGCCAGGCCAACUUCAUCAGUCUCUACAACUCCAUGGACAGCUGGAUGAUCGUCCCCAACAUCAAGCAGAACCACUACACCGUCCAUGGGCUCCAGAGCGGCACCCGCUACAUCUUCCUGGUGAAGGCCAUCAACCAGGCGGGCAGCCGGAACAGCGAACCCGCCCGGCUCAAGACCAACAGUCAGCCAUUUAAGCUAGACCCCAAGAUGGCUCACAAGAAGUUGAAGAUCUCCAACGAUGGGCUGCAGAUGGAGAAGGACGAGAGCUCCUUGAAGAAGAGCCACACGCCCGAGAGGUUCAGCGGAACGGGAUGCUACGGUGCCUGCCACUACUGGGAGGUGGUGGUGGGAUCCUCGACCUGGUACGCCAUCGGCGUGGCUUACAAGUCGGCCCCCAAGAACGAGUGGAUCGGGAAGAACUCCUCGUCCUGGGUCUUCUCCCGCUGCAACAACAACUUCGUGGUGCGGCACAACAACAAGGAGAUGCUGGUGGAAGUCCACCCACAGAUGAAGCGCCUCGGCAUCCUCCUGGAUUAUGACAACAACGCGCUCUCCUUCUACGACCCGGCCAACUCCCUCCACCUCCACACCUUCGAGGUCUCCUUCAUCCUCCCGGUGUGUCCGACCUUCACCAUCUGGAACAAAUCCCUGAUGAUCCUCUCGGGUCUGCCCGCCCCGGACUUCAUAGAGUACCCAGAGCAGCAGGAGUGUAACUGCAGGCCCCAGGAGUCCCCGUACGUGUCAGGGAUGAAAGCCUGUCACUAG